AAAGUGGGGUGGGUGGCUGAGCCAAUGGGCAGGCGCGAUGCUCGAGGCUCCGACCAAUGGGAGAAGGCAAUGGUGGGAGGUGGCUUGGCUGCCGCGUGGACCAAUCAGAGAGCUCCAAGUUGCCCCCCUCCCCCCCCCCGGUCUCGUCGCGGCUUCAACUCCAGGUGCACCUAGCUUGGCACCAGCUCCACUGUCACCACGACUGCUGCCAUACGGGUAACUCGCUCACUACAGCAGGUGCACCUAGCCUGGCACCAGCUCCACUGUCACCACGACUGCCGCCAUACGGGUUCGCAAUGGCCAGCUCCCAUCAUCACCACCAUCACCUCCAUCGCGUCCUCCUCCUCCUCCCCGUACUCCUCUUUGGCGGAGUGCGGUGCGGCGAUGGUGAUGGCGUUGGCGAUGGCGGUGGUGACGGCGGUGACGGCGGUGACGGCGGUGGCGGAGGAUCGAGGGGGCCCCAGGUGGUGUGGGCCGUGAACGCAGGAGGGGGCGCCCACACGGACUCACAGGGAAUACGCUACCAGGCUGACCCCCUGGACGGAAAGGUGGGGACAGCGUCUGACUACGGCCGCCGCCUUCCCAUCGCUCGAGUCUCGGCCCAGGACCAGGAGCUGUACCAGACGGAGCGGUGGGCGGACUCCUCCUUCUCCUACACCGUGCCGCUGGCCCGCGACGGCCACUACGUCCUCGUGCUCAAGUUCGCCGAGGUCUACUUCCUCCACUCGCAGGCCAAGGUGUUUGACGUGCGUGUGAACGGCCACGCGGUGCUCACGGGGCUGGACAUCUACGAGCGCGUGGGGCACAGCGCUGCCCACGACGUGGCCGUUGCCUUCUCGCUGCUGCGUGGGAAGCUGUCGGUGGCCGGGGAGGCCUCCACCUACCAGGGCCUGCUCACCGUGGAGUUCGUCAAGGGAGACUAUGACAAUCCAAAGAUAUGUGCUCUAUACAUCAUCCGUGGCCAGCUUGAAGACGGCCCGCAGCUCCCCCCACACCCCGGGCUGCGCCCCCCCUCAAAACCGAAUGACGAGGACGCCGAAGAGGAGGAGGAAGAGGAGGAGGAGGAGGAAGAGGAGGAGGGGGAGGGGGGGAAGAGGAGGGGGAGGCGGAGGAGUGGAGGAGGUGACAGGCAGAGACUGAAGUCCGGGCCGCGUGUCCCGGACCCCUACGCAGCCGACAACUCCAGCCUCAUGUUCCCCAUCCUCGUCGCCUUCGGGGUCUUCAUCCCCACGCUCUUCUGCCUCUGCAGGCUCUGAUGGUGGUGGCGGAGGAGGUUGGCGGUGGUGGUGGUGGCGGUGGUGGCGGUGAUCAUGGA